ACACCAAUAUGUAAUUAAUCAUUUACUCAAAAUGAAUAUGGAACUAUUGGUUAACACUUUUAUAUGGAAGAACUAAAAAUAGCCACAUACAAUCUAUAGGGUCACCACAGGUAGGUCAAGGAUCAAGGUGAACGUUAAUAUACAGGUAAACUGGUCAGGUAGGUCAGGGUCAGAGUUCAAGUUAAUGAUAAGUAAUUAAGUGGAAGGCAUAUAAUUGGGGUAUUUGUUAUAUUGACACUAGCCUGUAUAGACAUGUUCUCAGCUUAAUCCCUGAAAAAAUACAUGUCCGUUUUCUAUGACAUGUUAUCAAAUAAUACUAAUACUGAAGUUUGAAUAAAUGGAAUAGAAAGUCCAUAAAAAAAAUUGCCAUAUUCUUCAAACUUUCAUAUAGUCCUUACUAGUAGGAAAAAAACAGUACAAUAUUGCUUUUAAAUUUAACCACUGCAUUGGUGCAAGGUUGAGGAAUAAAAAGAAUUCAAAAAGAUUUUUGAAUUUAGAUGAUGGAGACUGUUAAAAAAUAACUUAAACCUUGGCUGCUAAGGUAAGAAAUAUACACCUAUGAAGUUGUUGUUUUGAUAUUAGAGAAAGUCUUGAUGUUUAUUUUUGAAAAAAAAAAAGAAACAAAAAAGAAACAAAUAAUGAGUGAAUUUAAAUCAAGCUUCUCCUGAUUAUAGAUAUCCAUAUGACAUGCAAGUUUUGACACAUUAUAGUCUGGUAUUUGAAAUCAUUGAGAGUUAAGAGUUCCUGUUACAGAGGCUGUGUAUUAUACAGCUGACACUAUCCAGGUGAGACACACCUGCAGUGCCUACCUUCCCUCCCCCCAAAUUAUCUCUAUUGAUUUGGUCAGCUCUGUCUUAGGGUGAGUUCAUUAGUCCAGUAGGGUUGUCCAGAGAGGCUAUAACACCCUAGUGAGGUGUUGAUAAUCCCCCUGCUGUGUUGGUCAGUUAUAUCUGGACUGGUCAAAUGUAGAAUCUAAGCAGAGUGGUCAGUCACCAAGCGUUUCCUGUCAUAUGAAGGGCCACCAGCUGUAGAGAUAGGAGGAUUAACAGACUGUAGACACCCCAGUGUAUACCCUACAAAGGCCUGAAGGCCCGGACUCCCGUAGUAGUCCCGUAGACACCCCCCUCCACACCAACCCUUGACGUGUGAAAACACGGUCCUUUUUGUAUUGGUAUACGUGACAUGGCAACAGAUAAAACAAUGGUGCAGACAGAAACGACACCCACCACAAUGCUAACAGUACGCAUGAUCAUGCAGGGAAAGGAAGUAGGCAGUAUCAUAGGAAAGAAAGGAGAUAAUAUUAAGAAGUUCAGGGAGGAUAGUGGUGCUAAAAUUAACAUAUCGGACGGGUCAUGUCCCGAACGCAUUGUUACAAUUACUGGAUCCACAGAGUGCAUUCACAAAGCAUUCACAAUGAUCUGUAAAAAAUUCGAAGAGGUGAGCGGGGGCCCGUAUCAAGAUCUUCAAAACACACCUACUGUGCCUAAACCCCCUGUUACAUUACGAUUGGUUGUGCCCGCAAGUCAAUGCGGAUCCCUUAUUGGAAAAGGCGGCUCCAAAAUCAAGGAAAUCAGAGAGACAACAGGUGCUUCUAUACAGGUUGCUUCAGAGAUGUUACCUAACUCAACAGAACGUGCCGUGACAGUGUCCGGCACUGCAGACGCCAUAACACAGUGCAUAAGAAAUAUUUGUAAUAUCAUGUUGGAGUCCCCCCCUAAGGGAGCUACCAUCCAAUACCGUCCAAAACCUGUUGUCCCUCCGGUAAUCUUCGCGGGGGGUCAGGCAUACACAGUUCAACAAGGCCAGAUCGGACUACCAGCGCCAGAGUUUCGGCCAGUUCCUGAAAACGCAGAGUCACACAGUCAGAUUACUCCGCAAUCUCAGUAUAAUAAGGUUUGGGGGCUUCAGGAUCAUAACUGUAUGCUGUCAAAACUACACCAGCUGUCUCUAGGUCAGGCCAUCCCAUUAAUUCCACAGUCUCAAACGAUACUGCCAGAUCACCGUAUGAUACCCGCCAUGACGGCGCCAGGUAUUCCAGCGAUGGCGUAUCAGCGACCAAACAACACGGCCAUUCCAAACAGCCACCAUCAGCAACAGUCACAUGAGAUGGCAAUUCCAAACGACCUGAUUGGUUGUAUAAUUGGCCGAGGUGGACAGAAGAUUAAUGAAAUCAGACAAAUGUCAGGAGCUAUUAUCAAGAUCUCGAAUGCAGAAGAUGGUGCCGCGGACAGGAAGGUGACAAUCACGGGUACCCCAGAGACAAUCGGCCUGGCUCAGUACCUCAUAAACACCAGCAUGGAAAUGCAUAAGAAUUUGACCCUUGACCCGACAACCUCGACCCCUACAUCUUCUGCAACCUUGACCUCUGUUCAGUCCCAUCAUGCUCCCUUGGCAAUUCCGCUGAAUCAGCUAGCCAUGAAGCCGAUGCCUUUACUCGGACUAAACAUUGGGAUGAUGGACUCUGCUGCUGCGGCAGCUGCUGCAAGUCAGAAAAAUUUCACAGCCAAAAUGAGGGUUGGGGUCGCCACCAAUGCUCUGAGGGGUGACCGAAUGAAAUUCGCUCCUUACUAACCUCAAAUAGUUAAACUUGGUGUUGCACCUUAGAGUGUCCAGCCAUAAUUUAAAGUAUGGCUUGGAAUCAUUGUCUGGCCAGCCACCAAAAUGUCGUGACCGAAUAUGAAUACCAUCAUUUGUGAUGCUGUAGAAAUAUUUAUAUAUAUAUAAAUAUAUAUCUUGACAUGUCUCAGUGGCAGUUACCAUAGCAACAGCUCGGUGUAUAUAACUUACACAGAUACGGCUGUGGUUUUCGGAGUCGGCGCGUCAUAUUUUUACUCCAAGGAAAGUCCAUGUAGUAGUCCUACUGCCAUAACAUCCCAGCUACUGUCUCAUUGUCAAAGAAAUGGUUGGAGGUGGACCACUGUCAUAGUUCCAAGUCCAGCUCAAUUUUCUCUCACACCUUUUUUUUUUUUUUUUUUUUUUUCGUUUUGAUAUGUUGUAUUUUAACCUAUCCCAAGGUCCCGCACCAUCAGUGUUUAGUUAUCACACACUCCCAUUUUCACAAUGGACUAUUCCCAAACUGUGAUAUGGACAAAUCAUGUUUUUUUUUAGGAGGAGGCAUACAGUUUAUUUAGCCACUGCUAAUAUCAUUCCUCAUGAAAUUCUCUAAUUUUCAGGAAACAAAAUAUAAAAGUAUCAAGCUUUUAUCAUAUUUUAUAUAAACAGAUUUUUGUAAUUGUGCAAUUUUGUUCUCCUUUUUCAUAUUGGAUAUGAUUUUUGGUUUUAUAGAGAAAUAUUUUAACAUCUAAAGCAUUUUGUAUGCAAGAUAAUAAUUUGUGAAGUUCUUUUUAAAGUUAAUAUUCUUGUAAGUGUACAUGUUUAUAUCCAAUCAGAUAUCACAUCACUUUUAUCUCAUCAUUCAGAGAGUAUGAUGGCUACAUGUUUUUGUAAAAAGAUUUUUUCAAAUAAAAAAAUAUAUCCAGUCAGGACGACUAUGACAUAUCAACCAAUAGGAUCUCCUCUUACAUAUUCCCCUGCCCUUGGCAUCUGUGGUGACUACAAUAUGGACUUUCUGCCGGGAAAGGUACAUGUACUUAGAAAUUCUAUAUGAUCAUAAAUUGUUGAAAAGAUUAUUUGUAUCUUAAUUGUUUAAUGUUUGUUGUUCAGAAAUUAUUCAAAAUUUGAAUGACUUAUAACAUGAUUUAUCCUAAAACAAUUUUUUUCGUCAUUUCUUUUUCUUUUUUUUCUUUUUUUUUUGUGAAAUGUUAUUGAAGUUGUGAAAACUCCACUGAGGUAGUCUGUAUUUUUUGAGCCAAAGAGAAGUUCACAGUGAUGAUACUUGAGAGUGAACUUAACCGCUUUUAUUGUUAAGGAUAUGUGUUAAUUCGUUCACUAUAUCAUCACUUUAAGUAGUGUUUUUUUUUAAUUCUGUGUCUAGCAGAUUUUAUAGAUAUUUUGCAGUAUUAAUUUGGUGUAUUAUUACCGUUGAUAAUUUAUAUGAUAGUUACAGUAUGGUGCAGUUAUGGUAUCCUAAGUGAGUUUAUUGUAAUCAAUGAGUAAUUGAUAAGUAUUGUGUAAAUGAAAAAAAGGCUACAUUUGUUGAUAACAUGAUUCUGGAGAUAUCAACUAAAUUGUCAAUGUAUAAUUUUCUAGUAUAGCCCAUGUGAUGACAUUCCGAGUACAUAUCGAUUUAAUAUCUCCCAUCCCCCCAUAAUUGUCUUUACAGGGUACGUAGCUCUUUAGAAGCUUGUACUGUUUCUAGAUAAACUGUUUUUGCCAAGAAUUGUCUUGUGGGGGAUUAUAGAGUCAAAACCGUGUCUGCUGGGAGGCAUCCUGCCUUUCAUUUAUUAAUCUUAACUGAAAUUUUCCAUUUAUUGAUAAAAAGAUAUACAUAUAUUCGAAAAAAAAUCUUAUCUGAAAACUUUUGUGUUAUAGUUACGGAUAUUUUCUAAGGAAAUUUAUUAACCCUUGUUUUGCAAGUUUCUCCAAAAUGGAACUUAAACUAAAACAAGUCAGAAGAAAUGCCUCUCAAUCUAAAUUAAUAUUUUGUAUGUUGUAAAAGGUUUUUGAUUCCAUAGAGUUUGUGUUUCCUGUUGUGAGGUGUGGCUAGGAAUGCUAACAAACGAAAGACUGAAUGCCUCCGACGGCAGCUUUGACUUAAUCCCACCAUUUGGCAUGUCUGUAUACUUACAUAUAUAUAUAUACGUGUAUCCAUAGUGUGUUGGUGUACAUUCGUAGUUAUUAAGGUCCCGUAUCACUAGAUUGCAAUAUAUAUCGCCCUCGUAAUCUGUUUUUAUUUUUAUUUUUUCCAUGGAAAAUAUGUGUAUGUAUAUAUAUAGAAAUUAUAUACAGUAUAUAGAUAUAAUAUAUAUAUAUGAUACUAUUUGAAUUGUUCCUUGAAGAUCAUACCUCUAAAAAUGAAAUGAUUUUAAAUAUAGUUAUAAUCCUUUACAAUCAUAGUCCUCAUUUGCAUAAUUUAUGUUUUGCAAUAUAGAUAAGUUUGCAAUAUUACAAUUUUGAUGAAUGUGCGGUGUUAAUUUUUUGCCUAUAUAUUGUGUAAGAAAGUAAUGCGAGGUUUUGACAUUUGUGUUUGCCCUAAUACUUACCAAGUUUCUUAUGCUGAUAUAUUUUCACCUUUAAAUUCCUCUUUGAUUUUUGUCAUAGAAUAUGCUGUCUCAUUUAUUGUGAAUAUUCUCUAUUGAAAUUAAGUUGUGUACUCACUCAAUCACCUUUAAAAGAUACAAGCAAGUUCUAUGAAGGGUAUACCAGGUAUGCUUUUGUAAUUUUCGACCUUUGCUAAUAUGCUGUCAAGAAUUUUUUUUUUAUUGUUUUUCCACUCAGAUAUUGUUCAUAGAAAAUCGGUCAUGCACUUGACACCGUUACUAAUGAGUUAUCUCCCCACUUCGUUACUUUUUAGGAUCACGACGGAGAUGUGUGGAUUGGGAAUUCGCUAGAAUGUGCUAUGAGGACCAUGUUAACGUGAUAUUGAACAUCAAACACGGCUCUACCGUAUCACUACAUUAUAGAGAGUUCUCUGUGACCUUGGUGCAGUGACCUUUGACCUCCGUCAUCUAGUGGUCAAAUCAAGUAUGAAACAACUUCCAUGUAUCUAUGUGUAUUUGUCAGUAUAAACAACUUUAUUUUAACGUGGUGUAAAUAUUUAUUUUGAUAAUUUAUAGAAUCAUUUGAUUAUAUUAUACUAAAAAAAAACUGAUAAUCAUUAGAACAGUGCUAUUAUAUGAAUAUUACUAUGUUCUAAUUGCAAAUAAAUGCACCUAAUGAUCUUUGCUAGAUUUGAUAUGAAGUAAUUUUCACAAAAUAUUUGGCUAUAGAAACAGGAAGUGAUAUCAUAGGUCAUGUGACAUCACGAAGAACUCUCUAUAUGACACUGUUUUAAUAGCACUUGUAGCAUCAGGGUUUGAUCAUGUAUACACUAAAGCUAUUCAUUUUUAUCUGAGCUUCUGAUAUAUAUACUGUGUGUUUUUACUAUAUUUAUAUAUAUAAAAGCUAGCUACAGUGUGAAGUGAACUUGUCGGAUUGUUUGUGACCUGCUGUCAUAUCGUGUGUCAUUAUCCAUGCAUAUUCUUUUAGCUGCAGAUUCACCUCUGUAGGAUAGCCCUUUCUUAGUCUAGGAUUUACAACUAAUUGUGACAACUCCUAUUACUGGUCCCCUAUGGAAGCUAAAUAUGUAAACUAAGGAUCUAGUCCCUCAUUCUUGGUCAGAUAUUUUUAGAUAUCUAUUAAUGUUUUUAUCUAGUGUUUUAAUAAUAUUAUUCCUUGGAACUUUUGAAGGAUAAAUAACCAUUGUGGUUUGGAGGUUUGUCUUCCAUCUGGUAACUGUCCUGUUCAGUCAUAGGGUCCUCAAGCCUACCCCUCCCCUAUUCUUGCCUAUGUGAUGGAACUAAUGCUUGGGUUGUUUUAGUUAUGAUCUAUGCAUGCCCUACAUCACAUUAUCACACAUAGCUUGUACAGUCACACUGGAAAUACCUCAGAAUUCUAGUCAAGGUUCGCUGGGAACACUUUCAGAUAAAUACCAGGAUCGUCUCCCUUGUAUUACCACUCUUUUUUUUUUUCUCCAUUAGCUUUAUCAUCAUGCUCAAUAUUAUUGUAUUGUCAUCAUAUAUUUUUUAUCACAAUAGAUAAUUUAUAAUUCUUGCCAAAAAGUUUUAUUUUUACUUCCAUUCAGCUCAACCAAACUUAAUUAGACUUUCACUUGUUAAACAAUUUACGUUACAUUCACUUUAAGUUAAUGCGGGCCUAUAUAGUUUAUUUAUUAUUAAAAAUCUGAUGUUAUUGUCAGCACUAUUUUAUGAUAUCCUGAAAUUAACUACCACCAUCAUAAUUGGCAAUUUAUUUCACAGUAUAUACUGCAAUUUAGAAUUACCUUUUUUUUCUGGUAUUGCCUAUAGCUACAUAUGUAAAUAUUUGGAGAGCGAGAGAGAAAGUGAUGGAAAAACAAUUCCUAACUAAGUGUUUAACCUCUGUGCUUUAAUUACUUAUAUUAUUUGGUCAUUUCUUGUUAUCUUCACUGUGAUAUCUGCAUAUUGCUAUAUCAAAGAUAUCAAGAGAGGAAAAACAGAUGAUAGAAUAUUUCGUCAUAUAGAAGACUUUUUUUUUUACAUCCACAAUAUUCCAUGAUAAUGAUAGUUUGUCAAUUUAUACCAGUAACCUGCUAUUUAGAUGUUGAAUCGUAGCGAUGUUACCCUCGAACACACUGGACAUAUGUGUCAUCUAUAGACAGAUUUGUAAUCCACCUUCCACUGUCAAUCUUUGAUCCUGUAAAUACUUAUAUGGCUGAAUGUGGCGUGCCAACAAAUUCACCUUAAAUUGUUUGCAGUUCUUAGCCUUAGAUAUGUUAUUUGUGGUAAAAAAAACAGUUCCUGUUAAAAUGUGUUCCUAUGGUAUUUAAUCGCCUAAUGGUAAACUUCAGUUAGGGCAUCUACGCAAACCAAAUCUUCCAUCUAGAGCCAAUUUCCUGUAUACAUGAUCAAGCCAAAUUUCAUUGGUUAAUUUCUAAACCAGGUGAUCUCAUUUGCAUAUUCCCAGGCAAAAGGAUAAGUUGUGCACAACCCAAAUUUGUACAUCUCGGUGAGGCAUGACCGACAUAAGGGUAUAAGCUCAGGGUAAAAGUUGUUAUGGUUCGUUUGUUCCAACUGCAGGUACACAUACAUUAUUCUUUCUCUUCUUUUUUAUGAUAACUAUUAUUGAAAUUCUUUUUCUUUCAUUUUUUUCACAUCUUGAUUCCAAAGGGUGCUAAGUAGGGAAAAUCUGUUAAUAAUGCUUAAGUGGUCAUGAUGGUCAGUGUCAAUAUGAGUCUAUAUUUGAAACGUUCAUAAAGGUAGCUACGAAUAUCUUUGAAUAUUUUUUUAUUUUUGUCAUAUGCACUAAUUCUCUUACUUAAAGUAGUAUAAAAGCAGCGUCAGACUCGUUAUCUUAAAAAUACUUGUCGCUUAUUCUCCAGGUUUUGACCUCAUCAGAUUUAUUAAGCCAAAAUAUUUAUAUAUGUCUUUUAAGUAUAUUUGUUAUGUUAGGUUUAACACACAUUUUGUAUGAUUUCCUGCCAAAAAAAUACUAUGAUAAAAAUACUCGUACAGGGGCUCUAGCAAAGGGAGACAAUUCAUUGUCACUUGGUAAAUUUAGAUGCAUUUUUCGUUGAAAAAAAAAAAAAAAAAAUGAUGAAUUAUAGAUUAGUUUAGCAGAGGUAAUUUUUGGCAUUUGGAAGAUCUUAUUGUUUUGAGUUUUUAUAUAAAGCCCUGCGUGGAGCCCCACUGUGAUCUUUGAAUACACAAUAUACAUAUCAGUGACAGAGUGGCAGUGCACCUAUAUACAGUUCUUAGGACAAUGAAGAGACGUAAUUUUGCUGUUGAGAUGAUGAUGAACGUGUUCAGUAAUACUUUUGUAAGCAAUCGGUACAGCAUAUUACUUUCGUUUUUUGUUAUUGUUAUAACUCAUGAGGGAUGUAAAAAAAAAAAAAAAAAAACAAGUUUGAGAAAAUUGUUGUAUUGUUGUGCUGUCCACAUAUUCAGAGUGUGUCUCAGUAUGUGAUUGGCGAAGUGCAAACUUUUAAUUUCAUAUUAUGACUUCAUUCAUGAUCACAUGUGCGUUUGUGUUUGAGACAUCAUAGUCACAGAAAUGUUUUGCAUUUGUGGCAUUCUUUAAAUUGAUUAACUUGUUGAGGCAAGUUCCUGAUGGACUGAGAUCAUUGUGAUUUAGUCAUACACGACAAUAAGUAUGUAUUCUUUGUCAGAUGAUACAGGUCUUCAACGUAGAUAUGUAAAACCAUAGUGGGCAAGGAGUGAUUGUUUGUUUGUUUCAUGUAACCUGUCGACAGAAUGAUAAAGCAUUCGUACAUCAUCUCCACACUGGGUACAGAUAUCGUACUGACUCCACACUUGGUGUAGAUAUCGUACUGACACCACACUGGGUGUAGAUAUCGUACUGACACCACACUGAGUGUAGAUAUCGUACUGACACCACACUGGGUGUAGAUAUCGUACUGACACCACACUGGGUGUAGAUAUCGUACGAACUCCACACUGGGUGUAGAUAUCGUAUUGACUCCACACUGGGUGUAGAUAUGGUACCGACUCCACACUGGGUGUAGAUAUCGUACUGACUCCACACUGGGCGUAGAUAUCAUACCGACUCCACACUGGGUGUAGAUAUUGUACCGACACCAGUGGUGACAAUGCUUAGCAUAGCAUAUUUAGAGAUUCAUUCUUUUUCUCACCGGAUCUGACAGAUAUAGGUAGGAGCUAUUUAUGGACGUUAGAGUGUACUUGUAGUGCUGUUUUGGAAGUACAUUGUUGUAUCAAUGUCUCAAAAAAGCUCUGUAUCAUCUGAUAAAGGUUUGUCAUCGUCAUGGAGAUGUCUUUGGAGAAACAUAUUCAAAGGAGAAGCCUCCCGACAAAUUAGUGUUUGAACACAUACUCAUAUUACUUAUUGUGCGGAAAUAGAAAAUUGAUUGUAACAAUGGCAUCUAAACAAUUAUAAAAAUUACGAUAUGAAUACCGAAAACUUUCUUGUUACAUACCAGAUCUAGUGUCCUGAUUCGUCAUGAAAUGUUUCUCCAUUUCCAUGUCCAGAGCGACUCAUUUUGCCUAGACUUGGCACUAGUUGUUUUCUUAUCAUAUUUUAUAUUUAAUUUUGAGGGUUUUUUGUCAUACAAUUGUAUUGUAUAAUUGAUUGAUUUGUUGACAAUGGAAAGUUUAAAAAGAUUUUUUUCUUUUCACUAUCGUCACUUAAAUAAAUAUGAUGGUUGUAAUUUAAAUAUAUACAUUUAUUAUAAUAUUUUUGAUAGCCUCUCACCCCUGAUGUUUGGAAUGGUAUGAACUAAACAAUGAAGAGACUAGUCUAUUAUCACUGGUAGGGGUGACAGGUCAUCAGGAACUGUUGCAGGCCACAAGGAGUGGAGCAUGAGUGUUGGAUAUAUAGUCUGUGUCGCCAUAGCGACAGUAAAUCUCUGUAACGCCAUGGCGACAGUAAAUCUUGUACAAGCUGUAUAAAAGUGUUGCCAAACUCAUGAGAAAAUAUUAAUAAAGAUUUGGAUUAUUUAAUUUA